AGCCCUCACGGGCCGGGUGGGCCGCCUGAGGGGCGGUCGGGCCUUCGCUCAGACAGUCGUCGGGCAGUGUGAUGGACGCACACACGGACGGACGAGGGACGGGAUGCGGGGGCCAGGAUUAAUUUAUUUGUGCUGAUCUGAUGCCCUCUUGAAAGGAAAACAAUCACUUCAUCGUUUUACACUGCCUUUGGGACAGAUCUCUGCUAAUGACUUUUCCAAAUUAAUUGCCACAUUUGAAUAUCACCAUGGGAGGAGCUGUGAGUGCUGGGGAAGACAAUGACGAUUUAAUCGAUAACUUGAAAGAGGCUCAGUACAUUCGCACUGAGAGAGUGGAGCAAGCCUUCAGAGCUAUUGAUCGAGGCGAUUACUAUCUGGAGGGUUACAGGGACAAUGCAUAUAAAGACUUGGCGUGGAAGCAUGGAAACAUACAUUUAUCAGCACCUUGCAUUUAUUCAGAAGUCAUGGAGGCAUUGAAACUUCAACCAGGAUUGUCCUUCCUUAAUCUGGGAAGUGGAACCGGAUAUUUGAGUACAAUGGUGGGCUUAAUUUUAGGUCCUUUUGGAAUAAAUCAUGGAAUUGAGCUUCAUUCAGAUGUGGUGGAAUAUGCCAAGGAAAAACUGGAGAGCUUCAUCAAAAAUAGUGAUAGCUUUGAUAAAUUUGAGUUUUGUGAACCUGCUUUUGUAGUUGGUAACUGCCUUGAGAUAUCAUCUGACAGUCAUCAAUAUGACCGGAUUUAUUGUGGAGCAGGUGUCCAGAAAGACCAUGAAAACUACAUGAAAAUUUUAUUGAAAGUUGGAGGCAUUCUAGUCAUGCCUAUAGAAGAUCAGUUAACUCAGAUUAUGAGAACAGGACAAAACACUUGGGAAAGUAAAAACAUCCUUGCUGUUUCAUUCGCUCCACUAGUACAGCCAUCUAGGAACGACAACAGCAAACCCGAUUCAGUGGGACUACCCCCGUGUGCUGUGAGGAACCUACAGGACUUGGCACGAAUUUACAUCCGGCGCACGCUUAGAAACUUCAUAAAUGAUGAGAUGCAAGCCAAGGGCAUUCCUCAGAGAGCUCCUCCCAAGAGGAAGAGGAAGAGAGUCCGCAGGCGCAGGAUAAAUACAUAUGUCUUUGUCGGCAAUCAGCUCAUCCCUCAGCCACUAGACAGUGACGAUGAUGAAAAAAUGGAAGAAGACAGCAAAGAGGAGGAUGACAAAGACCUCACUGAACCCUUGAAGCCCGAGGAGCCACCUCAGAAUCUGCUGCGAGAAAAAAUUAUGAGUCUACCCCUACCUGAAUCUUUAAAAGCAUACUUGACAUACUUUAGGGAGAAAUAACUCCAGCAAAGUAAAAAUAUGCCUACUGAUAUUUCCUUUCUCCUUGAAAUGUAGCAUUUGUUAAUAGAUGAACAAAUAUAAUUGUGUCUUUCAGCAAGGCAGAAAUGCAGGGAAAAAAUCUGACAUCUCUGUCUUGGUCACACAGAAGAUUUGCAUUCAACAGUAAAAUCCCUUUUUAAAAAUCUAUUUUCUUUAAAUUUUGAAAAAUGCUGUUUUAAAGCUGAUGGAAAUAUAUUCCGUAAUGGUAUGUGACACUAAUCAAGACUUUGCAUGGUCCAUCUUUUUUGAUUCCCUAACAGAUUUGUAUUGGUACAGGGUAAGUGAUUUUAUAUGUACUUGCAUAGUUAUGUUUUCUUGCCUUGUAUAGCAGAUAUAAUUGUGUCUUUCAGCAAGGCAGAAUAGCAGUUUGCAUUUCUUCUAGGAGGAUUUUUAAAACAUGCAGGCCGAUUCCACGUACGAUAGGGAAAUCAGUCCCUUUUCAAGGUUAGUUUACCUUAGUUUUGUUGCAGUCGUUAUUGCUGAGGUGACAUAGUUGACAUGUAUUCCUGGGAAUACAUAAGUGCAAUAAACAUAAAGCAUACGGAAAAGUUUGGCUUUAAUAUAAAUGCAAGUUCUAAGAUAUUAGCAGUCCUGCUACUUUUGCAUUUGUGUCUAUUGCCAAAAGAUCUGGAAAAAAAUUACUGCUUCUCUCAUAGAGAUAACCUUAAGGGAACAAACAAUCUGAAUACAAAGCAGAAAGAUCUCCAGUGCAACUCUUAUUUGUAUGAAUUGUUGACAUUUUCAGUAUUUAUAAAUAAUGAGAAUUCUUAUUCUCAAGAAUUUCUAAAGUUCCCAGGCUAGGAAUAAAAAUAUUUGGUAAGACAAGAUUUUUUAGUAUGUAAGAACGUGACUACCGUUACCUACUCUCCCUUCCUCCUAAAGCUGUAAUAGCAGCACUUAAGAGUCAUUGUUCAGCCGACGCACUUUAGUAAGUGGAUUUUUAUACUUCAUCUGAGUAUCUUUGACAAGGCCGGGCCCCGCUGCCCUACCUUUGCUUCUGAAGACCAGCUUUUAGCACAAAAGGGUUUCCACAGAGAGCCUGCGGACGUACCCUUUCUGGCAAAAGUCCGAACAAAACAAGUGGUAUAAACUUGGGGACCUACAAUGUGCAGGUUUAACUUCCUUUGUCCCACAGUUUUGUUGUUAGUUCAGGUUCCAUCUUAGUAUGAUGAAGUGCUUUGUUUUUCCUUCUACCCAUUUCUACCAAGUCAUAACUUGCUUAUCAGGGAAAAACGCUGUCAGAGAAAUAGGCAGUGGGAGUGACUUUGAAAGUCAUUCCACAGAGAAAAAAAAUCCUGUAACACAUAUGCCUAUAAUAAUAUUCAGCGUUUCAUCAGUUGCAUUUUUAAAACCCGAGACAGUUCUGUUUCAUCAGUCAUUAGUGCCACCAGCUGUUAAAAUGUUCAUUGUUCGAUUGUAUCUGCUAAUGGAAACCAGCCAGUUGUGACUGUGGUCUGACAGUUCUACUAUCAGUCUGUCAAGUCAGAGAUUUUGUAGCACACUGAUCCUUAGUUCCUUUAUGCACAGAUUUUUGGAUUAUGUACUUUGUGCAUUGUUUGCCAUAAACAAAUGAGUAUUUUAGUAAUACUGAGAUGGUAUCUAGGAGAAAGACAAAUAUUUAGUACCAGAGAGUGAAGAUAUUCUUUUUUUUUUUAAACCAGAUAGAUGAACUGUAAAAUUAUUAGAAGUUUCCUGACCUUGUUUCCAGGCCGGAAAUAUUUGUUAAGAAUUGUGGAAGUUUUCAGUGAUGUUUCUAGGGGAAGUUUUUGAAACUUCAGCCAUGGAUUUCAUUAAUUAUCUUCAGACUUAAUUUUUUUUGGCUUAAGUUUGAUUUUUAAGGUCAAGGUAUCCUUUUCCCAGACAACCUGGGUCCCGCUUUAUCUUCUUCCCUUUAUUUUUGUUUUGUUUUGGAGGUUGCAUCCAGAUGAUGAUGCGGUAAAGUGCCAAGUUGGUUUAUUAGGGAUUUGCCUGUUCACUUUGAGGAGAGAACUUGUGUGCACUAUGCUUUGGAAGACUGGCUUUUCCGCAUCAUCUUUUAUUCUGUUGUAUAGUAGGGAAAAAUGGACAAUAGAUGGAUAUUCAUGAUUAUUCAAUGUGUAAUUAUUUUGUCAUUGAUAUAUUUCUUUUUGUUUUUAAAUAUGGGUUCAUUUUAUUAUUAUUGUUAUUAUUAUUAUAGACUUUAAAUGAAGAGGUAGCGGCGCAAAAUUAAAAUUCCAAGUGAAAUCUUUUGCAUUUGUUGAAUGGGGACAGAAUUGCAAUAAAUAAAAUAUUUUUGGUGGUUUGUGCUUAACAUUUCUCAUUUUGAGGACAACUCAUGUUUAUAAGUCUCAUAUAAAUGACAGCCGGAGUUGGGUAAGGCAGUGUAUCUUUUAAAUGCAGUUGCUUUACAUUGAAAAAUGAAAGUGGUUGGGAGUGGUGGAAUGACUAAACAUUCUUGUUCAUAUGUCUUAUAUUAUAGAUUUCAUUAAAUAGUGCUCACUUUAUAGAGGAAGAAUUGUGUGGUAAAACCAAAUGUAAAGUGUAUGUCAAAAUAAAGUUACAGAAAAUGAAAAUGAG